CUCGUUUUUUAUUCAUUUUCAUUUUUUGCCUUCUUCUUUUUCUCUUCUUCCACGAGUUUUCCAGAACUACAAGGAAGAGAGAGAAAGAGAUAGAUUCAUACUUUUGAAUAAAAAUUUUUCAUUUCGUAGAUUAUAUUUUGUUUCUCCCUGUUUGACAUUGAAUUUUCCGUAAUUUCCUUGGGGAAAAUCGCAGAUUCUCAAAGCAGCAUAUCUUUUUCCUAGUAAAUUUCGAGCUAUUUUGGUUACAUUCUGUUGGGGAGAUCUGAGGUUUCUUCUUUUUGGGUCAGCGAUCUGGGAGUUUGGUUGGUUUUCUUGCAGGGCAAGAAUCGAAGAUUUUUCUUGUUUUCUCUCUUUUUUUCUUGCCUUUGGUAAGACGCCAUUGGUUGUUGAAAGAAAGAGAAAAGGGAGAAGGCGAAGAGUUUCAGUUUCUUUUCGUGUCUUGCUUUGGUUUGCCUUGUAAGCUUUUUCUUCUUUUUCUUUUUUAUUUGAUUUUAUUUUUUGGUGAGUUUGUGUCUUUGUAAAUACGCGUGGCUAUAGCAAUUGGACUCGUGUAAUGCUGGGGUCAGAGUCUGAGAGUCUCUCGUAAAAACAUCCUCUUAACUACCUUUGUCUGAACAAUGCCUCUCCAUGAUCUCUGAUACAGAUCGCCCACUUCUACUCUUUCUAGAGAUCUAAAAACUCACCCCCUUCCCUUUUUUUUUUUUUUUUUUGUUUUAGUCACCGUACCAAAAAUAUUUUACUAGUAAAAAAGAAAAAAAGAUGAUGAGAAUGAAGACUAAAGCGACAGGGCUGUCACCGGUGACCAAUGGCGGUGGAGGUGGAGGUGGAGGUGAACCGGCUGCUCAUGAUUGGGAGCUUAGACCCGGAGGCAUGUUGGUACAAAAACGAAGCCCGGAUUCCGAUCGAAGCACCAUCCCACCACCGAAUAUUAGAGUUAGGGUCAAGUACGGGUCCAUCUACCACGAAAUCAGCAUCAAUUCUCAAGCUACAUUCGGGGAGUUGAAGAAGAUGUUGACAGGGCCAACAGGAUUACACCAUCAAGAUCAAAAGCUGUUAUACAAAGACAAAGAGAGGGAUUCCAAUGCGUUUCUUGACAUGGCAGGUGUGAAGGACAAAUCCAAAAUUGUUUUAGUUGAAGACCCAAUUAGUCAAGAAAAGAGGUUAUUGGAGAUGAGAAAGAAUGCUAAGAUGGAGAAGGCUUCUAAAUCUAUCUCUGAAAUCAGCUUGGAAGUUGAUAGGCUUGCUGGCCAGGUGUCUGCCUUUGAAUCAAUAAUUACUAAAGGAGGGAAAGUAGCGGAAAAAGAUGUGCUUAAUUUGAUUGAGCUGCUGAUGAAUCAGUUGCUUAAAUUAGAUGGCAUUAUGGCUGAUGGAGAUGUCAAAUUGCAAAGAAAAAUGCAGGUGAGAAGAGUUCAAAAAUAUGUUGAGACAUUGGAUAUGUUGAAGGUUAAAAACGCUGUGCCUAGCAGCAAUGGAGGUCAAAUGCCAAUGCAGAACCAACAUAGGCAUACAAAUGGUCAAAAACUAGCCCCAAUCCAAGAGCAGCAAUCUAGGCAUUUUAACGGGCAAAGAGUAGCACCAAACCAGGAGCAGCAAUCUAGGAACUCCGUCGCCCAUUUGCCAGUUCAUCAACAAUACCAGCAGCAACAACGGCAAUCAAAGCAUUCAGCAUCGGGGGCGGUCGUUGUAACCACGAAAUGGGAGACAUUUGAUUCUUCUCCUUCAUUGUUGCCGCUCCCCUCAACAUCUACUUCUACAGCCACAUCCACAUCAUCAACAUCCAAUAAUUCAGUCCCGCCAAAGUUCCCUUGGGAAUUCUUCGACUAAGCAGUAUGCCACGUCUCUGUUUUUUUGUGUGUGUGGAUGUGCUUUGGGUUUGUCUUCCAGUUGGGUUUGUUAUCUCUUCUUCCAUUCUUUCUGUACUUAGAGUUUCUUGGGCACCACCCUUUUUUAAGCUGUCAUUCAGUUCACUAGAAAAUAAAUGGGGCUUCGACCAUAGUGAUUAUUAAAUUACUAUGGUGAUUAUAACUGAAAAACUGUUACUCUCUACCCCUAUUUUUAUUUUCCUUGAAUUCAUUUUCCAAUUUGUAUUGUACUGUCCUGCUUGUGAUGGUGACAAACACUUAAAUAUUUGUAGACUUGUUAAUUGAGAUGCUAGGUUUAUGAACUCCAGCAGAUAGGGGAGGUGUACUUUGGCUGCCUAAAUGUGUAAUCUGAAUUUCACGUCCAUUUCUGGACCAAAUGGGAAAGCCAGGUCAAUUUAAAUUGAUUGUUCA